AUGAUCAUCGCACUGGGACCAAAGAGAACUCUGCGACAUCAGUCUUCUAGAACGUACAAAAACCCAAUGGAUUUGCUGCUCUGGAGUGUUUUUCUGUCCACCAUUGGCACAGCGUCCACGGUCCUGCAAUUCAAUGCCGCUGUAGGGGGAACAGCGUUCAUGUAUGGAAAUACAACCGCCAGUCCAGGCCAAAGAAUAGACUGGAAGAUAGGUACUGCUGCUAUUGCUACUCGGCUUCCUGCCGCUAAUCCAACAUACACCGGGAGAUGCAGUGGAAACAGAUGUACACUUUUUGAAAACGGGACUAUCCAAAUGUACCAAAUCGUAAGCGCUGACAACACAUCUUUCUCAGUGACACUGGAUUCUGGAAUUCAGACAAUCAUAGAACAAGUCCGGCUCAAUGUUUACAGUCCUCUCUCUCCCCCAUCUCUGAUCCUUUCCUCCUCCAUUCGCCCAGUCAAUGGCACCAGCCUGAAUCUGAGGUGUAAUCCAGGAUCCCAGACGGUCCACAGUAUCUACUUCUAUCGAGAUGAGGCGCUAUUGUCCUGCAGUUCGUCACAUCUGUCAUGUAACAGUUCUAGCGCCUUCCUUUACUUUAACCCCAUCCUGGCCAUUGACAAAGGAAAUUACAGCUGUGGCAUUGAAAAUCCUGUAAGCAGCAACAGGAGCUCCAGCCGCUACCUGGAUGUUUCAGUUAACGUGUCUGCGGUGACUCUACGCAGCAACACCACCCGCCCGGUCACUGCCGAGAAGGAGGCGGUCGCUCUUACUUGUUCUUCCUAUGGCACAGAAGUCACUUACAACUGGACGUUAAAGGGGUCCCCAUUGCCUGAAAACCCCCGAUAUAGGCUUAUUGAUCAUGGCAGCACUCUCGUGAUUAGUCCCGUCUUGAAAAGCGAUCAAGGAGAGUUCACUUGCAGAGUCUCCAACUAUUUGAACACUCAACAAAGCAACCCCCUAAAUCUAACAUGGUCUCCAGAUGGAAACGUUGUGUGCGGGGCAGAGCGUUCAGAACCCAGUGUCCAGUUGUACUGUCUAUGGCCCGGAGCUUAUCCGCCUGCUGUUGUAAAUCUGAUGUACCAUAACGUUAAUCAAAGCGGAUUGGAUACAGUCACAACUGAAGUGCCAUACUACCAGUUCUCUCUCGGAAGGCAGCUGUCCUGCAGCGGAAGCCAUGGUGGAUCCACUGAAGUGUGCUCACUAUUAAUUGAUAUACCAAAAUCCUCUGGGUUCAUCAAUGAAAGCCUGAAAACAGCCAACAAGGGGAACAGCGCUGUUCUUUCAGUUAGUCUAAACAGCAGUGAAGCUCGGGCCGCCCAGAUCUUCCCUGCAACCUUCUCAUGGUUUCGCCUUAACCCAUCAUCACGAUCCGAAAUCAUCCCCUCAGAAAGUAUCUCCAUCAUCUCCAAUGACUACUCGUCGUUUCUGAUCGUACAUUCCAUGAGCGAGGAGUUUAAUGGACAGUACACGUGCAAAGCCCAGAAUCCCAUGGGAAGCAGUUACUUUACAUUCAUUCUCGAUGUAAAGAAGGAAGAAGAAACUCUCUCGGCAGGUGCUACAGCGGGGAUAGUAAUUGGCUGUAUCGCGGCUGUGGCGUUGGUCGCUCUUGUCAUAGUCCUUAUCAUCCGGACACGCAGGACAAGCAGUGGAAAAGAAAUUAAUGAUUUUCCAGCAAGACCAACCAACCACUAUGUCCAACCAACAACACAGGGAUCAACAACACAGGGAUCAACAACACAGAGACCAACAACACAGAGACCAACAACACAGAGACCACAACCAAGACAGCCUGAGAGUCUGCAAAUGACUAGCGAACCCAUAUGCAAAUCCUAUGCCCGGCCGGUGAGAACACCGCCCAGACCACCUAAUGGUAUUCUCCUUGAACCAAUCAGACUCAACCACCCAUUAUCCGGAUGAAAGAAAACGAAAAGACCUACAAGAAGCUGCGAUCCUAAAAUCUGUUGGCUCUGCAGAAUUGUCAGACAAUAAUAACAGCUGAUAAAGCUUAAAGGGGUACUCCGGUAGAAAAA